AGAGAGAAAGAGAGAGAGAGAGUAUUUACGCUGCCUGUCUUGCACACCAAACGUCAUCCUUGUCAGGUCUUGUGCAGCGCAGGAACAAACUAAACUAACUCAACUAAACUGCCGUCAAAGUUGCAUUUUUGUCUUGUCGGACGCGUUUUCUUCGGCUCGAGGACAUCCUUCAGUCGUGAAGUUGCUGGAAUCGAGGUGUUUAACAUCCUCUGCUUCGCCGCUCGAGUGACCCCACCCCCUCCUUCCUCCCCACCCUUAGACUCCACCUCUUCCAUGAUGUCAUCUCAGGCCACGCCUAUCCAGGGGUCACGACCAGUGACCCCUCCGCUGAACUCUGCUGGAUCCCCACGUUCUCCAUCGUCAACAGAGUCCCUGCAUCCUCCACCCUGCAGACACAGAGACCGCUCGCCCUCCCCCAUGAGAGGCUACCUCAUCCCCAGCCCUCUGCCCACACGCAGAACCAGGACCUGCUCAGCGACGGCCCGUGCAUCAGAGGGUCCGCUGUUUCACGGUGUGUGCAAGUGUUUUUCCCGCUCCAAAGGCCACGGCUUCAUCACGCCAUCAGACGGGGGCAAAGACAUCUUUGUCCACAUCUCAGACAUCGAGGGCGAGUAUGUGCCGAUUGAGGGCGACGAGGUGUCCUACAAGCUCUGCUCCAUCCCUCCCAAACAUGAGAAGGUCCAGGCAGUGGAGGUGACCAUAACCCACCUCAAGCCAGGAACCAAACACGAGACCUGGGCGGGACGCGUCGUCAGCAGCUGAGCGCUGAGCCCAGCAGGGGGUGGGGCUGAGGCGGGAGGGAAGGGACAAAGGGAAGAAAUUGGGAGGGAUGGAAGGAUCAUGAGGGAGGAUUUCUAAAGAGGUUUGGUGCCAGUCGCAGUGGACUGAGGAAACCCAGGCGAUGUUAGUUUUCCUUGUGUAAGAACUCCAAGGAAGGUCAAAGCAGACAUGGCGGAUGUGUAGGUGACUAUUAAAGGUUGAGUCAGAGGGAAAUCUGAAUCAUCUCACAGUUUACUUGCGUUGAAACACAGGAGAAUUCCUCUGCUCUUGCUGGGAACCAAGUUACUAUAUUUUGGGGAAACACAUAGUUGGUUUGACUGUUGAAUAGAUACAUGAAUGGACAGAUGAUUACACGGGAGAUGUUUAUCAUAGAGAGACUUCUAACAAUAGGUUUCCUGCUUCGAUCUUUAGACCCCCUGUGCUCGAAUCUGACGCCGCAUUGUUAGAAUUGUGUUGCAUUUGAUGAGGAAAUUAAUUUCAGCAGCACUUUUUCCUGAUGUGGAAAGUGUUGAGGAACACAGCGUCCUGCUGUAUGAGCUCUUCAUAUAACACUGUCCAGCACCAGGGGCUCAUUUUCCAGGUGUACUGUGUGCCUACUUCUACCCAGAGAACUGACAGCUCUGUUUGUGCCUACUUAUGCCAAUUUAUCAUCUGUGUUUGAUCAUGUGUGGGUGCUUAUGAGUGAAUAAAAUCAUUUUCAACCAGUGCA